AUGUCCAACGGCCAACACCCAUACCCGCCCCCGGGCAGCCUUCCGCCGUUCCGGCCCAAUUUUCCUCCUGGAGCAGCACCUCCUCAAGGUCUUCCUCCUUUCCCUCCGAAAGGUGGUGGCUUUGGGCAACCGCCGUUCCCUCCCAACUUCGCCCCAGGCUCUCCGGGAGUGAGACCACCCUCAUCUUAUCCUCCUUCGUCUGGACAAGGUCUCCCUCCGCUACCAACUGGGUUGCCCAAUCCUCCUCAAUCCGCCACAGGAUCGCAGCACGGAGGUGGUCGCCCGAGACAGGACGCAUGUGGCCCCUUGCACGAACUCAAACGCGUUGAAGGUGCGGGAGGCAAGCCUCAAGCUUUCGGUUUUGCCUCCUUUGAGAGCCCAGAGGUCGUCUUACGCUGCAUUCGCUGCCUCAAUGGCGUCGAACUUCCAGACCUCACUCCUGAGGGCCUCCAUGAAGGCCGUCCAUCAAAGGCCCUCGUUGUCAAAGCCGAUCAGAAGACCGCCGCCUUUUUGCAAGAGUUUGAGGAAACCUUAGGCCGUACGGACAGUGACGAAAGUGCCGACACAAUGUGCCGAAAGGCCAUUGCCCAUAUUGUCACUCGUCUUACUGAUUCGAGUGCGCAUCGGAAUGACGGCCGGCAAGGUCGCGGCUCAGGUCGCCUUUCGCCCAUCAACGUCGUCGUGCCCGCCCAUUUGCAAGACCUCAAAGAGGGUGACCUUCCGGAAGCUCAGCGUGUUGCUGUCCUGGACCAGAUUGCCAUCUUCCGCGAGAAUGCGGCUCGUCGAGAAAGGGAAAAGAAACGCAUUGAUGACGACAAGGAUCGCUUCAAGCUUAAUCAAAACUCUAGCCACGUUGGUUACGGUUAUGGCGCUCGCGCCUUUUCUAAACCUGAAGUUGUUCAGCCAUCGGACGGCCAACAUCGCUCUCCUGUAGGCCAAGGGGGAAACGACGAACGCAGGGACCCACAAGGGUACUCACAUCCUGUGUCAUUUGUGCGACCUGAGACCGCACAAGGCAAGAGCGAAAGUGAGCGUACCGACAAGGAAGAGGAAGCCGUUCGCCAGCAACGCCGCGAAAAGGAUAGGGCCCAAGCUUUGCGUGAUCGCGAAGGUCGAGUGGAAGCGCGUGAGAGGCAUCGUAUCGAUGCGGCGCUGCGCGAACAAUCCGUUCGCCAUCAACGCACUGAUACCGAAACCCGCAACCGGCGCAGCACUGUCGAGCAUCUUGAUGGCUGGGAUGACGACGAGAUUGAGGAGCGUGGUAAAGAACCUUUCUACAGCGACCGUGCCCAGUGGCGGAUGCAGAGGCAGCAUCAGCGACUGCGCGAAGAAGAGGAAGACACGGAGGAUCGUCGACAGGAAGGCAUGGAGCUGAAGGCUCUUGAGGCCGAGUCUGAAGACUUCCUGAAGCGACAGAUGGCAGAGAUGGUGACUCUGGAGGAAAAACAAAGGCAAGCGGGACUUCUCGCCGAAGACGCAGCCCCAGUAAAGCUUGCCAUCGUCACGGACGCUGUUGCCGAACCGAAGGAAGAAAAGGCAGCCUCUCUACAACCUCACCGCCGACCUGCCAUGGCAUUGGGAGACGACGAGGACGACGCCGGCAUCCAAAAGAGGAAGCGAGCUCUCGUCAAGCUGGAGUACGAGCAGGAGCUGGAUGAGGCAGAGGAACAGGCGAGAAGGAAGUCUCGAUUGGUGGAGAUCAGCCGCCAAGUGCCAUCCAGCAAGCAUAGCGUGUUUGAUAGCCAAGUGGAGUGGGAUAUGUUGAGCCACGCGACGCCUCGUUCCAAGAUCCGGACGUUCACCCGUCGAAAGAUUAUCGAGGUUCUCGGCGAGCCUGACGAGGAUCUUAUCGACUUUGUCAUGGAGCACAUUUCUGAUCACAAGGGCCCAGAAGACCUUGCUGAUGGCCUGAGUCCCAUCCUGGCGGACGAGGCGGAUGGAUUUGUCACACAGCUCUGGCGGCAGAUUCUGUUUGAGACUAGAGCAGCCAAGGAGGGUAUCGACAGUGGUUCUACUACUGUCUAG